CAGCUUCUCUCUCUCUCUCUCUCUCCUCCUGAUCAGUCAUUGAUGAAAAAUUCACAAGUACUGCAGUUUUCUCAGUUCCGUCGGCCCCCGCAUUUUCAGCAACACACACAAAAAACAAGAAUAAACUACUUCUAGUUUCAUCCUAGUUUAGUAUAGUACUAGUAUCUGACAAAGAAUUUAAACAUGGUACAGUCGAAAAAGUUCAGAGGCGUCAGACAACGCCAUUGGGGAUCCUGGGUCUCCGAGAUUCGCCAUCCUCUCCUGAAAAGGAGGGUAUGGUUAGGGACAUUUGAAACAGCGGAAGAAGCAGCCAGAGCUUACGAUGAAGCUGCCAUUUUAAUGAGUGGAAGAAACGCCAAAACCAACUUCCCAAUCGAUCAAACCAAUCAGCAACAACCGGGAAUCAAUACCAAUAAUAAGAGUGUGCUUAACUCCGAUCGUCCUCCGUCAUCGUCGUCGUCUUCUUCUUCUCCGGCACUUUCGGCGGUUCUCGGCGCCAAGCUCCGGAAAUGCUGUAAAUCGCCGUCUCCGUCUCUCACUUGCUUACGCCUCGACACCGAGAAUUCCCACAUCGGAGUCUGGCAGAAACGGGCCGGGCCGCGUUCGGAUUCCAGUUGGGUCAUGACCGUCGAUCUCGGGAAGAAGAACAAUGAUGAUGGUGAUGAUGAUCAUGAGCAGCAGCAGCAGCAGCAGCAGCAGAAUGGACCCGGGUUUCAGCAAACGACGACGUCGGAAGCUGCACCGGCGGCCGGAACGCCUGAGAGGAACUCCAUGGAUGAAGAGGAGAGGAUUGCACUGCAGAUGAUUGAGGAAUUGCUCAACAGAAACUGAUCAAUAUUGAUUUCACACCAAGUACAAUUCAUAUUAAUUAAUUAAUCACUUAAGUUUCUAGUUAAUUCUAUUGUAUUGUCUUAAUCAGAAAUUUUGUGUUCAUAAUUAUAUAAGGAUAAUAUGACAAAAGCUUGCUACCAUGUGAAGCGUCAUUGUCCUUGGCUCACGUUUGAUAUUUUGAUAUACCCUAUAUUUUUAUUAAAUUAAUAAUUAGAUGAAGAGAAAAUGGGAAGAAAUAGGAGCACAAUAACAACAACAACAACAACAACAACAACAAUAAUAAUAAUAAUGUAUAUAACAUCUAAACGUUGCUCUCAACGAACGUAGUCUACGUAUUCUUAGUAGUUUUGAUUUGGACUUUCUUCGAAGGUUGUUACUAGUGUUUUAGUUUUCAACUUUGCAAGUUGUCCAGAAAUGUUGGAAUAAUGAUAUAAUGUUUUUUGUUUUCUUUCUUUCCAGGUGGUCGUUGACUUGAAAAGCAAAAAAAUAUCAAUGUUUAUGAAUCUUGUGGCCAUUUUUGAAACACAUACCCAUUUAUAUAUAUAGAAUUUUGAGGUUUAUUCUUUUCUUUCUUCUUUUUUUUUUCCCCCUAUUUUUCCCUUUGUUGUAUGGAAGGAAUAAAAUGUAUUU